AUGGCGACUCCCCAGCACGAGAAGCCCGCCGUGGUGUGUGUUUUCUGUGGCUCCGUAGCCGGCAAUGACCCCGCUCACAUGGAGACUGCCCGCGCUCUGGCGCGCGACUUCCACCGGAACAACGUCCACCUUGUCUACGGCGGCGGGACGCGGGGCCUGAUGGGCGAGGUGGCGCGGACGCUGGUGUCGCUCUCGGGCCCGCAGGCCGUGCACGGCGUCAUUCCACGAGCGCUGGUGCGUGUCGAGGAAGGAUACGACCAGAAGAAGAGCGACGAUGCGACGACGAUGACCGGCGGCAAGGAGGCCGAGCGGGUGCUCACGGGCUCGGAGUCGUCGCUACAGGAGUCCGAGUUCGGCAUCACGACGAUCGUCGCCGACAUGCACACGCGCAAGCGCCUGAUGGCGACCAAGGUGCGCGAGGGAGGUCCCGGGUCCGGCUUCGUCUCGCUGGCCGGCGGCUUCGGCACUAUCGAGGAGGUGAUGGAGAUGACCACUUGGAACCAGCUCGGCAUUCACCAGAUGCCGGUCGUCUUGCUCAACAUCAACGGGUACUGGGACGGCUUGCUGACCUGGGUCAAGAACGCCGUCCGCGAGGGCUACAUUGGGGAGGCGAACGGUGAUAUCCUGGUCGAGGCGAAGACCGUCGCCGAGGUGUGGCCGCGACUGAUUGGGUACCAGGUCAGCAAUGGCAGGAUGCAGCUGGACUGGACCGAUGAGUGA